AGUGUAAGAUUCAAGAAAGAAAAUGUCAUUCUCAUUGGGUUAAUGCCAGGUCUGAAAGAAACAAAAACAUCUGAGAUAAAUUUGUAUCUCAGACCGCUGGUUGACAAAUUAGAAAAGUUAUACAAGGGAGUCAGAGUCCAGACAUAUCAAUGCCCAAAUGGUACCACCAUCUGCGCUGCUCUGUUUAUGGUUGUCUGCGACAUCCCUGCUGCCCAAAAAGUGUGUGGAUUCAUGUCCCAUACCAGUACAAAUGCAUGUCACAAAUGUAAUUGCCAAUUCUCCCAAUUAGCUGGAACGAGCUCUGUCAAUUAUUCUGGAUUUGAUUUCUCAAAGUGGCUCCUUCGCACUAAGAAUGAUAAUUGUAAGGAUGCUGAGGUCUGGAAGAAUGCAACCACUGAAGCUGAGAGACAUCGUCUUGAAGUUGAAAAUGGUGUUUGCUGGUCCGAACUGCAUCGUCUCCAGUACUUUAACGUUGUCUGCUGCACAAUCAUUGAUCCAAUACACAAUCACUUCUUAGGCACAGCCAAGAGAAUGAUGGUGAAAUGGGUUGCAGAUGGUCUGAUUGACAAUAAAAAACUCAUUGCCAUGCAGAAAAUCGUUGAAAACAUGACAUUGCCACCUGAUUACACCAUGCUAAGAUCAAAGAUUUCAAAGGGAUUUCCCUUUAUGAAGACAGACGAGUAG